AUGCGAUUCAUCAUCGCGGCUGUUUUCGUCGCCCUUGUGACCCAUGGAAUCCAGGCGUCCGCCUUUCGAAGCUCGCUUCAACUGAGGCAGCAGAAUCUCGAAAACAGCAUGGUUAGUUCAAUCAACAUCUGCCAAGAAAAUCUUCUGAUUUUUUUUUUCAGAUGCCGUCGACAAGAGAUGUUAGAGACAACCAAGACUACAUCGGAGAUGAUUUGCCUCCGCAAGUUCCGAGGUUGAACAAGGAAGCCAAGUGGGGACUUAUCCGAGCCCAUGGCAUGGACCCACUCAUACGUCGUCGUGGCUUGCAAUUCCAGAUGCACCACUCAAAAUCUUUGCGUAAAUAUUUUCGAUUUAUUUUAAAAUGAUUUCCUCCUCGUAGACAAGAAGUCGAAACGUGAAGUGAAGCCGUGGAGGGUGCAGAAUGUGUUGCCAAAAAGACCUGUCGUUCCGGCUAUUCUUAAACCUUUGGUCGCGCUUCCCGUCGAUGUCUGUCCUCGCGAGUUCGACGCAGUCACAAAAGGUCGUUUGUUUCUUAUUUGACGUCUUCAUUUUUUUCUUACAGCAGCGAACGGGCGGACCUACUUUUUCUCAAGAGAACGCGUUUUUCAGGUGUACUACGACGACGGUUUGCCGCAAAAAGUGACAAUUUUUCUUUCGGUAUUCACAAAAAAAAAUAAAAUUUCAAGGCUUCGUUCCUGAUCGCAGACCUUUUCUUGGGAGGACCGAGACAGGUUUCAGCUGCACUCACAAACUCGCGCUCCGGCGUCACCACGCUGUUCGAGGGUCGAAGAGCCUAUCGAUUCAGAUGGAACAGAAAGACCAAACGAUUCCAUGUGAGCUGCGAUAGAGCUUUAAUAAUUGCUUCUGACUUUUUUAGCUGGCAAGAAACACGCCACAAGAAUUUCCUCGAAAUAUCACAAUAACACCAGCGACAGCCUUCGAGUGGGUCGACGGAAAUCAAGUCGUAUCUUCUGUGAGUAAUAUCUCUCUUUCGCUUCAAUUGUCCAAGGUUUCUUGGAAAUCACAACUAAAAUUAUAUGCAAUUCGAGUUUCAAAAACAAAACAAAAAACUCAAAUAAUCUGUUUACUGUUUAUUGCAUCUUCAAUGUAAGAAUACAUGUGCAAUCCCCUUUCAUUGGUUUAUCUGUGUUUAAACGGCGGCAGGAGCUGUGGCUUAGACAGAAAAGUUGUGAAUUUGGCUCAAUCUCUGCCAUCGGCCUUUGAAAAGCCGACACCGUACUUCUUCCUACGACCUCUCUUGUACCUGAUGUUCUACGAGCGAAACUCAAAUUAUCUGAUGACUUUUUAAUCAUGUGAAGUUCAGGGAGAUCACUUCAUGAUCUACGACGCCUACUGGAACCUAGCUACGUUCACGGACCACACUAGACGAUACUUCCCGAAUCUGCCACGCGAUUUGCUCGGCAUUGUCUACCAGGGCGGCGACAGUACCCUUCUGAUGUACACCAAAAGUAACAAGCUUAAGGUAUGUCUCAACAGCUCAAAUUUCGCUUCAAUUAAACUUCAGGUAUACAAUGCUACCAAAUUCAAAGUGGUGCUGGAGUUCCCGCUGAAAAUAAACGACUAUGUAGGCUGUCUGAGCGCGUAG